AUGGAACCCCCUAGUGGCAGGACUGACGUCCCAGGGAGCAUGCAGAGCAACGACCAUCGAUCUGAUUUGAACCCAGGGACAGUUGGGAGUGCUCAUAGAGUACAAUGUCCCCCUCUCAGUCAAGUUCUCUCCGAAUUGGCUUCACUGCCACCGGCCUCCACACUUGCGGCAACUGAGCCGUUGCCAUCUGAAGAACAGAAGAAAUUGUUCGAGUCCCUGCAAAAAUGCCUCAAAGCUGCAGAGAAUGCAGACAUUUCGGACGCUCUGAAAGAGACUCCAGAUAUCCUUCAGAAGCUGUGGAAGUGCAGAUCACCUUACCUAGUACCAGCUGCAGAGGCUAUGGCGAAUGGCAGCAGAGCCCCCUUAUGGCGGAUAUCCUAUGGCAAGACUGGGGUUUUCGACUUCUUCCUUCAGCUUAUAGCGUCGAAGGAGACCAUUGAUAACAGAGUCAUCCUCCAUGCGUUACGGCUCGUCGGCAAUUCCUGUGCUGACACUAAUGAGAAUAGAGAGACUGUAGUGGAGCACAAUUACACGGCUGCUAUUGUACAGCACUCAAGCAAUCCAGAAUUGAUUCAAGUGGUCAUCCCUGUCCUUUAUAACAUUUGCAUCGACUUCGGGCCUGCUCAGACACAGUUAGCUGCCGAUAAGAUAGUCUAUAUCCUCUUGAAACUAGUGAAAGAUGGCGCCUUCAAGGACAAGGAUGCCCUGCUUGACUACGUCUUUGAGCUUAUCGAAUUGCAAGGAAUCGCCUCGUCUCCCGAUGGGACUAUCUCACUUCUUGUAGAACUUGCUCUUGACGAAGAUGUCGCUUCCACCCCAGCCCGUUUCUCCGGUCUUGUCAGUGGCCUGGCGACAUAUCUAAACAAUACGCGCUUUCAAGAAAUCUGCAUAUCCAGUUACAUAGUGCCUGACAUUCUGGGGGUGCUCAGCCGGUCACUGACCUUUAAGACUGAGUCAUCUGCUGAGGAUACCCAGGCACUAGCACAGUCACGGUUGAAGAUCAACCAAAUCCUCGCGGAGAUCUCUGGAUCCACCUCAUUCGCGCAGUACUAUCCGCUGGAUUCCCCUCUGGCCCAGUCUCUCAAGACGUGGCUAAAGUCGACAGAUGAUCAGCUGCAGAUAUGCUCCUGUGUUAUCCUGGGCAACUUGGCUCGCUCAGACGCGACCUGCGAAAGGAUGGUUCAAGAUCUGAACAUACAUGAAGAACUAAUAACUAUCCUUAAGAGUGAUGUUAGAGGCGCGGUCUUACACUCUGCGCUUGGAUUCUUGAAGAACCUUGCGAUCGCUGGUAAUAACAGGCUGGUACUUGGAGAGGCUGGCAUACUCCCAGCGGUUUCACGUCUAUGGCAAUACGAGUCCGUCCCCCAGGUUCAAUUUGCCGCCACAAGCAUCGCACGGCAGGUGAUAGUGGCAGCGGUUGAUAAUAUUUCUCGUCUCCUAGAGGGACUCCCCAGGGACGGCACUGAUUCUAACGACGAACGGACGUAUUUGUCUUUGCUACUUGCUCUCUUCCAGAAGACAGACUCUACUCCCAUCAAAACAGAGAUUGGACGCACUGUAGCCUCCAUAUGCCGUACUUUGGUGCCAAAGUCUCGGGAAGGGGAUCCUACUGCCGUUGCCCUGCUGGACAGGUUCUUCGACUUACAUGAGGAUAUCGCGCUGCCGGUUGGUGCUAUGAUCGCCCAAUCACAGUGGCCUGUCGUCCGGAGUGAAGGCUGGUUCGCAAUGGCCCUUAUGGCGUCCAAUAAAGGGGGCGCCAUGGCAGUUUCAAGCUCCCUACAAAGGAUGGAAAUUCUUCCACUGCUUGAGAAGACGUUGAGUGCAGAAGCCUCUGAAAGCGCGGAGGAGACCGAACAAUUGCAGACGAAGAAAGAUCGUGACAACAUUUCUGUCCUGGUGCAGGAGUUGCUGAAGAGCGAUCCCGACACGCUUGCCGAAACCGAUAAAUCUACCAUGCAGCAGUUAAUGCACAGCCAUGUGUCCAGGCAUCUUCAAGACUCCAAGCCAACAGUAAAUGGCUAA